AUGCGAAAGGCUCUGGGUUAUGACAAGGGUGUGAACAAGGACGCGUUGCGUCUUAUUGAAGAGAAAGCGAACGAGGAUUGGACACGGAACUCAGAUGUGAUGGAAGGCUUCUUCUGGGAGAUUGUACACAAGGGCGUUGAUGGGAGGCCAAUAGCGAUGAAUUACGGUGUUGACGUAGGGGCUGAAGGGGCAUACAAGGCGAGGGCGAGUCAUAUGUGGAAUAGUACGGCAUGGAUGAUACCGGUCGCAUGGUUAAAAAAGAGAAGCGCCUUGUAUGCCUUGUACUGGGAGAUAAGAAAUAAUCCUCGAAAGCUGAAGCCACUGUCACGAGCGCCCCAGCCAAAACAGUAG